GUACCACCCAUCGCGCAAGAUUCCCCCCGACCCCUCUGAAAAAAAGCGCACGGUCCGCGCGUCCCAUUUCACUUGCUUCCUAAGCUGCUCCCUCCACCUUACUCUGUCGCUUACACCAACUUCCCUCUCCUCGACUCCCCCUUGCCGGUGCCAGUCCGAUUCUUGCACGGUCCAUGGCGAUGGCGGAGUGGUGGGAGGCGGUGAAGGCGAUCGCCGCAGCGUACACAGGGAUGACGCCGGCGGCAUUCUUUACGACCGUGGCGGUGGCCGCCGCGCUGUACGUCGCCGUCUCAGGCCUCCUUGCGCGCCAGGCGCCGUCGCUGACGAGGGGGCGGGAGGCGGAGCAGGAGGAGAGGUCGUUCAAGCCGCUGCCGCCACCGGUGCAGCUCGGGGAGAUGACGACGGAGGAGCUAAGGGCGUAUGAUGGCUCCGACCCCAAGAAACCGCUGCUCAUGGCCAUCAAGGGGCAAAUCUACGACGUCACGCAGAGCAGGAUGUUUUAUGGACCUGGUGGCCCAUACGCACUGUUCGCAGGCAGAGACGCAAGUAGGGCUUUGGCAAAGAUGUCAUUUGAACCAAAUGAUUUAACCGGUGAGGUUUCGGGAUUAGGCCCUUUAGAGGUCGAGGCGUUGCAAGAAUGGGAGUACAAAUUCAAGAGCAAAUAUGUUACGGUUGGAACAAUCAAGAAGACCAGUCCCGUCGCAGAGGGAGAUACUGCAAGGAGCGCUGUGACUGCUGAAAGAGACAUCGAUGCGAGUACUAUAGAAAGCAACCAUGUGCCUGAGUCAAAGGAAAAUGGAGCAACAAGCCAAGGGAGUGUAGUGGAGAAGACAAAGGAAACACCAGACACAGAUGUGAACACAAGCAGCCAUGGAGAUGCAGAUAAGGCAAAGGAAUUGCCGGAUUUAGAAGUGACAAAUACGAGUAGACACGCAGAUGCAGUGGAGAAGCCAGGGGAAACACAAAAUGCAGCUGUAAAGAACAAGAGUAGCACUGCAGUUGAGCCAAAGGGAACACCUCAGGUAGUAGAUGAGAAGAAUACUUGUAAACCUGAAAGAUGCAACGGAGAAGCCAUAGGAAGCACACCAGAUGCAGUAGAUAUGAAGAACACAACCAACCAUGAAGAUGCUGGGCAACCAGAGGAAACACAGAGUGUAGAUGGAAAGGAUGUAAGCAGCCAUCAAGAUGGUGAGGAGAAGCCAAAGGAAACGUCGGAUGUAGAAAUGAAGAAUGCAUAGAGUUGUGGCUGUUGCUGUGAAGCUUUCUGGCUAUUGAAGCUAGUUAGCAUAAUACAGUGUAAUCUACAUUGUGCCUAUCUCACUACUUGGCGCAUCAGAUGGGCUGUGUCUGGAUUCAGCUAUGAAUCCUUGUAUAGAGUAUAAUUACACUUAAAUUAAAAUUAAAAAAUAAGAAUGUAUGUAUUGCACUCCAAUCAAAGUAAACCGUUCUUCACAUUUUCA